UUCUUCUUUAACUACGGGAGAUGAAAGAAAACUCCUCUUGAGAACCUGAAUCUGUCUCCACCACCCCAUGCUCUAAGAAUCAAUGCCAAGGAUGGAAAGACAUCAGUUCUGCUCUGUUCUCCUCAUUCUGAUACUAUUGACUCUGGUGAGCCUUACCUUGACUGGCUGGGCAUGGACCAUCCCUGAUUGCAUCAUAGCAGACAGCUUGUUAUUUCCUAACCUUUCCUACUACAUCCCGUUCUGUACCUCAGCCCCAGGACUGCACCUUUUGGCAUCUUGCUCUAAUGUUAAAAACUUAAAUCAGACCCUAGAAAGAGUGCCCAGAAAUACAGAGGUACUCUGCCUCCAGGGCAUAGUUCCUACUCUGCCAGCUAAGGCCUUUAUUCGAUUUUACUCCCUACAGCUUCUAAGGUUGCAAUUGGGUACAACCAGUGUCACAUCUAGGACUUUUCAAGGGCUGGACCAGCUACAAUACCUUUUUUUUGAGCAUCAUGCUCCCUGUUGCCUAAGUUUGUUCCUCUCUCCAAAUUGUUUAGAGUCUCUCAGAUCCCUUAGUAGUCUUUCCUUUCAAGGAUACUGCCUGACUUAUAGCCAAAGCAUCUACUUGCCAACUAGUCUUAGGCAUCUAACUCUGAGGAAUAGCUGUCUGACAAAGUUGCAGGACCUUCAAAGGCUCUUCCCAGACCUUCUGCUGAGUACCUCCUCUACACCCAAUAACAAACCAGUGGCACCCUUUCUAGAGACGCUGGAUUUAUCUUACAACCUUCAGCUGAAGCAGGCAGGUGUCAGAGACUUGUAUGGACUCACACUCCAUUCCCUAAUAUUGGAUGGCACCCCACUAAGAGCACUUGAUCUCACAGACUCAGGACUGCUCCACUUGCACUUCCUCUCCCUUGUGGGAACAGGGAUAGAAAAAGUGCCUGCAAGUUUGACUGGCCACUCUGAGCUUCGUGCACUUGACCUUGGGAAAAACCAAAUCCAAAACAUCUUGGAAAAUGGAGAACUCCCAGGUUAUAAAGCCCUGGAAUUCCUUAGCCUUCAUGAUAACCAUCUGCAAACACUUCCCAUCAGGUUUCUACAUACUCUACCCCAGCUUCAGAAGCUCAACCUAUCUAUGAAUAAGCUUGGCCCAAUCUUGGAGCUUCCAGGACUCUUUAGCACAAACUUAAAAGUGCUAGAUCUGUCCCACAAUCAACUCUGUGAUGUGCCCCAUGGGGCUUUCUCCCUUCUGUCACAGCUCCAGGAGCUCUGGUUGAGUGGCAAUAACAUCUCUAGUUUAUCCAAUGAAAGCCUGCAGGGACUGAGGCAGCUGAGGACACUAGACUUAAGUUGGAAUCAAAUUAAAGUACUCAAACCAGGCUGGCUCUCUCAUCUUCCUGCUCUGACUACCUUGAACCUUCUGGGCACCUACUUAGAGCGUAUCGUAGGCAUACAACUUCAGGGUCCCAAGAUGCUAAGGCAUCUACAACUGGGUUCUUAUCCAAUGCUGGACAUAUAUCCUCCCUGGCUCCCAACACUCCUUAGCUUAGAAAUACAAGCAGAAACAUGUAUUCAGUUUAUGAUUCCCAGUGGACAGCCAUUCUUAUUCUUGGAGAACCUUACCUUAGAGACUUCCAUUCUAUUACUAAAACCAGACAACAUCACAAUUCGUUUUCCCUCCCUGCGUCGCCUCACCUUGCGUGGCUACAGCUUCACCUUCUCAACCAGUCAACUUCAGAGAUUCUUCCCACAACAGCUUCCUCUUCUGGAGCACUUAUUUAUCUGGUGUGAAAACAGCUAUGCAGUAGACCUCUAUCUAUUUGGGAUGCCCAGGCUACGUGUGCUAGAGCUGGGGUACCUUAACUUUUUCUAUGAGUCAAGUACUAUUAAGCUAGAGAUGCUAUUGAAGGAGGUGCCUCAGUUACAGGUACUGGCAUUGAGCCACCUGAAUCUCAGGAACCUCUCUGUGUCCAGCUUUAAGAGCUUGCGGGACCUCAAACUACUGCUCUUCAACUCUGAAAGGGCGCUGGAGAUGAACAGCAACCUCGAAGAGUUAAUUCCUCAGAUGCCUCAGUAUGUUUACUUCUCAGAUGUCACCUUUACUUGCCAGUGUGAAGCUUCCUGGCUGGAGUCUUGGGCUACACGGGCCCCAAACACUUUUGUUUAUGGGCUGGAAAAAUCCAUUUGCAUAGCUAAUGCCUCAGACUACUCCAAAACUCUACUAUUUUCCUUCCUUGCUACUAAUUGUCCACAUGGUACUGAGUUUUGGGGCUUUCUCACCAGUUUCAUUCUGCUGCUUCUGCUGAUUAUCCUUCCUCUGAUUAGCUGUCCUAAAUGGUCCUGCCUUCAUCACCUCUGGACACUCUUUCACACUUGUUGGUGGAAAUUAUGUGGACAUAGACUCAGAGGCCAAUUCAACUAUGAUGUCUUUAUAUCCUAUUGUGAGGAAGAUCAAGCUUGGGUACUGGAAGAACUGGUUCCAGUUCUGGAGAAAGCCCCUCCUGAAGGUGAAGGCUUGAGGUUGUGCCUGCCUGCCAGGGACUUUGGGAUUGGAAAUGACAGGAUGGAAUCCAUGAUUGCCAGCAUGGGCAAAAGCAGAGCCACCCUAUGUGUGCUCACAGGACAGGCCUUAGCAAGUCCCUGGUGCAAUCUAGAGUUACGACUGGCCACUUACCACUUGGUAGCCAGGCCUGAGACCACUCAUCUCCUGCUGUUGUUUCUGGAGCCCCUUGAUAGGCAGAGGCUCCAUAGUUACCAUCGCCUAUCCCGUUGGCUCCAGAAGGAGGACUAUUUUGAUUUGUCCCAAGGGAAAGUGGAGUGGAACACUUUCUGUGAGCAACUGAAGAGACGGCUCAGCAAAGCUGGUCAAGAAAGAGAUUAAGGACUGCAGGAAUGUUGUUGUGCAGAAGAUCCUUUCAGCAGCAGAGGGAAUGUGCUCUCAUCACUAAAGCAUGGACUCACCAAGGGGGCAAAAUGAUAUAUUAAAUUCCACUGGGAGGGAAGUCUUUUAAAACA